AGAGAGUCCUACUACGUUAAGUUCACAAAAUGUCUGGAAAAACCUCUUCGGUCAAUAGUAACCCUAAAUUACCCUGGUGAAACCUUUCCUCUUCCAUUUAUUUUCCAGGGCGUUUGAUAUAUUCAUUUGAUUUGCAGUAAUAGAAGCAACGAAAUCUUCACCGCAAAAGGCGACCACCAUUGAUAAGAUUAUUUACCUCUCACUCGGUGUCACCUUCGCUAUUUUGCUAUUGCUCAUCGCUGUUUUCGUCUGGUGCUACAGGAGAAUGAAGAAAAAGACUAUUGAAAGGUUUGUGCAGCUCUGCUUACUACACUGUACAGUGUCAGUACGUCAUAUUAUCAAAAUUUGAAGGCAUAAGACAAACGCAAAAGCUCUCCGAAAGCCAUUGUCUAAUUUUAUAUCACCUGGCAACAAAUACAAUGUCGUGCACCUGUCAAGAUGACAGUUACCAAGAAGUCAAUAUCAUAACUCAAUUUGCAAUUUUUAUGGAAAUGAUCAAAGAACUGAGGUUUUUUUGUCGUGUGAUGGAAUAAUUAAAAUGAUGAAUUAUUUUCUCUAGAAGAUUUUUUACAAUCAUUUAUCUUUUGCAGGGAGAAGCUCUCUGCUAGUGCUCUUUAAACUUUGAAGCCUUCACUUUCACCCAUCUGUCAAUUUCACAGAUAACUGUUUUUAAUCUUAGGCCAUGUCCCCCGAUGCACGUGCACCAACUGCCAGUAAGAGUUUAUGAAUUAACACAUCUGUCCAAGAUCAGGAUUCUUACAUGAAAAUAACAUCAGGACUAUCAUGACCAUCCCGACCACAUUAUCAAUUAGUUAUGGUAACAUUAUUUCAUAGCGGAUUCUUGGUGAUCAUGGCUGUAGGAAUGACUCUUCGAUUUGGAAAGGCUGUAUAAGAAACACUUUAUUAUUACUUAUACUUAUUACUAAAUUACUUUGAAUUGUGACAUAAUCCGGCUUUUCUCAUUUUUUCCUUCUAGAUCACUUUAUUCACAAUUCGAGAUCAUUCCUCUUGACAAGUGGGAAAUUUUGCCCGAGCAAAUAAAUUACGAGGAAGAGCUGGGGCGAGGAGCGUUUGGCGUGGUUUACAAAGCAACCUAUACAAAAAGAAUUGGGAUGGAGGUGUUUGACACUAAGAUUUCAGAGCGGACUUUAUUAUCGACUAAGACAGCACCUCAGGUGGUUGCUGUCAAAGUUCUGCAUGGUGAGAAGUAGUGCUCAUGAUUACUGACAGACAAAGCUAUGAUUUUGUGGUGUAUUUUAGUCCCCCUUAUCAAGGUGCACCACUCUAAAGCUUCUCAAUAUUAUUUAAAGUUGGGAUGUUCAUUCGUAAGAGAAUGUUAUGUCUUUAAGACCACAAAUUUGGAGCUGCAUUUCUGCUUCCGGUCAUCGUAAACGUCAGGGUUCGAUUCCCGGUCAAACUUGGAUUUUUUAAGUUUACUAUCCUUUUUAUUGCAAAUAAGCAGAUCAUCGUCCGUAAGUAAUUAUCUGUAGUGACAUAUUUGCCUAUAGAACAAUCAAAACUUUGGAAGAAUAAUUUAAUUUGAAUGCAUAUCAUGAUAGAAGAGGAUCUGACCGACCCAUAAGUCAAUGCCACUUUAUCUGUUUUCUAGACGUUACACUGUUGAAUAUAUCUGUUCUCUUUAAUUGUGCAUCAGAAGCUAGAAUGGGUUCCAGAAAACAAUGGGUGAAAAUAACUUUGAUAGCAAAAAAAGUAAACAAAAAAUGCAGUCACAAAGAACAAAAAUAAGUGACUUCACGCCAUUGUAUUUGACCACCUCUAGAUGAUCCAUCUGACGCGCAGAAAGAAGAGUUGACGCUUGAAAUCGAGCAAAUGAAGCUGUUGGGCUCACACACGAAUAUUGUAUCCUUGGUUGGAUGCCACACGCUUAAGGAUCAAAACUUUUUGGUCAUAGAAUACGUUCCGUCUGGUGACCUCCUGACGUGGCUACGCCGUAAAAGAAACGAGGUAACGGAGGGAAGAAAACUCUAGAAAUUAAUUAUAUCGUAAAAGAAUUUCGGGAAAUCAAUUUAUUUCCAAAAAAAUUUAAAUGUAUCCAAAAAAGAUUUUCAACGGCCACCUGCCGGAGGGUGGGCCUAAAUUGGGCCUUUUGUUCCGACAAAAACAAAUUCUUUUUAAGAUAUCUUGGCCAUGUAGGAAAUCCUUUAUUGAUCAAAGACGGAUGGAUGUCGGCCUUCGUUGCAGUGUACAAAAAAACUUGGCUAAUAUUCAGCAAUCUUACGUUUCAUUUAUCUUACCAGCGUGGUCAAUAAAUAACACUUUAACGCAGAGUGAGGUCAUUAAAGGGAAAUCUCAGAUUGAGGCCUUGAUGUAUUGACCUAGCGAUAGCGAGGUCAAUACAUUAAGACCGAGGUCUGAGAUUUCCCUGUGACCGAACAGACGAGGGUAAUAAGUUAUUUAUUAUAUGGCCUUUUCAUUAUGGACCUGAGCCGGCGAUCAAUUAAAAUCAACAACUGGUCAGCGGAUAACUUUAAAACAUGUCACCUCAAUGAGUUCUACACUUGAGCCCGCGAUGAAGCCAGGUGACAUUGGUCAGCGGAUACCCUUUUUGACAGCUGUCAAUUGACCAUAACCAGGAGGGAGUCAUAAAUUUAGGCCUGGGCACUAGAGCAGAUAUUGGCGAAUGAAAAUCCGAUGUGUCUGGCCAUCGUGACGUCACGUUCAAGCCUGCUUGGGAAGGUUUGAAAGAAGGUAAACAAAAUGUUUGUCGUGAAAAGUUCACGGGCCAAUUUCUCAGUAACAGUAGAGCAAUCAUUUCAGCAACUAAAGCGAAGCUGCAAAUGUUAUCAUAUAAAGUAUCAAUAACGCAAUUUUAGCCUGAAAGCAAAAAACAGACUGGCGACAAGACUCAAAAGUGUUGACAAACGCUCCUACCGAUCACCACACCCCGGGCCAGCUGUCAUCAAAAAGGGAUCUCUUUCAAACUAGUUUUUUUAAUUUUUAAUCGUUUGAGCUGAGACUUUGCACGAUAAUAGAACUUUGCAUUCCCAACAAUCGUAUGUUUUUGGAUUUUUUAUUUUAACGGUUUUUGGCGCGAAAAUGACGUGAUAAGAUUGACAGCAAAAAGUAGUUUUCGACUUAUGGCGUAAAAAAACUGGAACUUUUAAAAGAACUUACAGAGAUGAGCUCAAAUGUGAAAAAAGUAUUUGUAAAGCUUAAUUGGUUGAAAAGUUAUUGAGUUGUGAAUUUCGUAUUUUCCGCCAUUUUGUUACUAUUUUUUUUUUAGAAUGUCAUAUCUUCUUAACCAAAUGAGGUUUUCAAAAAUGUUUUUCACAUUCAAGUUCUUCUCUGAGCACUAUUUCAAAAUUGCUAACCUGUUAUGGCAUUAGUUGAAACUUAUAUUUUGCUGUCAAUCUUAUGACGUCACUUUCGCGCUAAAAACCGUUAAAAUCAAAAAUACAAAAAUAUACGAUUGUUGGGAAUUCGAGGAUAUCUUUUUAUGUCAAUGCUUGGACUUAAGGGGGGCUUGAAUACAGUUUAAGUCUACAAAAUUGCCUAAGAAAUAUGUUACACACAUAUUACGUUUAUAGCCAGUUGGACUGACGCAAUAUUCUACAGGAGCCUUCCACUGAAAACAAUACCUUCAAGUAAAAAUCAGAAUCAAAACAAUGGCUUAAUUUAUAAAUAGGUGGAAAAUAUCUCAGAAUUAAAACGGAACGCUAAGGCUAGUGACUUAGGCGAUUUGAACAUUUUUACUUCGAACCUGGACAGCGACAUUGAAGGUAAUUUGAUAACGGCUUACGACUUGAAGGGAGAGUUCUUGAAGGUAGCAGAUCGCUUCUCAAUGAAAGGACAAAUAUUCUGUCAAGGUUCAGCUUUACCGUUCAAUCUUCCCCGGGCCCUCAAAAAAGGUCAUAGGGACGCCUUUUAAAUUGGUCAAUAAACGCUCGAAAAUUCUGGAGUAACCUUUUCCACGGGGGUCCGCAUAUUUCAACUAUCAGUGCAGAUUCAAACAUUUCACCUAUACUACACUGCACAUGCUUCGAUUGCAGAAGAUAUUCGGCGGUAAGUUUUAAAUAUAAUAAUUGCUCCAUUUGCUCUUCAGAGGUAAGUAUAGGGAGUAUAUCUACCUCACUUGAAAUUAUGCUUCUAGAGCUGAUACCCAAGUAUCCUAGCAAGAAGAUACUUAUAGUGUAAAUCUUUUAUUAACACUUUUUUUUUUACUUUCCAUGGAACUAUGCAAGAUAAUCUUACUAAAUAAAAGAAAAAGUCAGGAAAAAUGUCUAGACAGGACAUAUUACUGAAAACAGUACAAGAAGCACUAGGCAAGGAGAAAAAUAAUCAAUCUAAACAAAACAUUUUGGGUUGUAGUUUCUUUUUACUAAAAAACACGAUUGGAAAUCUGUCUGAAUUCUCAGGCUAAAGAUUCUAGUGAUGAAUUGAUUCGAAAGCUAUGCUGUUUAAAACACAUUAUUCAUUAUUUUUCUUCUAAAAUCCUGUCUGUGAGCAGUUACACGAAAAUAAUUUCUUGGUAUAAAUCCUUAUCACAUUGUCAAUAACCAAAAAAAGAACAAGUAGAUGAUAAGUAACGUUAUGUUCUGGAAUGACCAUAGAUGUUUUGAUCAAACGAUGAUGUAGCAGAGGCCAAGAGAAUAAGUAAUAAUGAGAGGCCUGCCAGUCUACUCUCCAAUUCUGUUUACAUGUAAGACAUGUAAGCCUGGAAACGUCAUUGGUCUAAGUAGUGUUAAUCCUGUAGAAAAAACAGAAAAUGAUUAGCAUUACUAUUACACCUCUCUAGUCCAUACCACCAUAGUUAGUGGUAACUAUGAUACUACUACUACUGAAAACCUGUUUAAGAUUUAUAUACUGUUUUACAUAGUUAGAUAGGCCGAUUGGUUACUCUUGGUGACAAAGUAAGCGAGUAAAGGAUGCAGUGUUUACAUGCAUCAGUCAAUUGAAACCCUUCUCUAGACCCCUCCCCCCCCCGAACCUCUGGGGCAUAGCGACGAUUUAAAGCAGUCAAUGCCAAGAUUUAACACAUAUUUAACAACGUGCUGGCCCUGGGUGCAGUGGAAUUAACAAAAUUCCUGCUUGACCCAGCUCAUGCACAGCGAUUUAACAGCACAUAAUUGAUACAUUUUUGGAAGUAGGGACAGAGAGAGGGAUUUAACAUGAGUGACUUGUGAGAAAUCCUUGUUUCCUCCAUAGGUAUGUUCCACUCUGAAGGGUAUGGCCGUUUUCAAGCAGUUUACUCUGGGAUAGGGUAUAAAGAGAGUCUGGGUUCCAGGAAACUGAUCAAUUGGUUGAAGAUUUUAGUCUAGACUAGGCAAACCGGGAAUUGUCACUCAAAGUUAGAAUCAAAAGCAAGGAGUUGCCGUCACUCAACAAAAGAAAACCCAGAAUGAAGUUGAUCGUCAGGACUGGACAAUUAGCAAAGAAACCAAGUGGCCACUCCUAAGACAAAUGUAAAAGCACACUGCAAAACAAAAGUAAACCUUGGGACAGAUGGAAGCACUGUUAACAAUUACAACGUCCAGCUAGGGGAUGAUAUUUCUCAUGAAUUUGAUGGAACGCAGUUGAGAGUUUCUAUCAACAGGUCCAUUGGUUUGAAAAUAAAGUUAAUAAAUACCGAGCACCUGACAGAAGAGAGCAGUUUAAAUCAAGCCAAGAACUACAACUACUAAUUCCCUGCCACAAGCUAAGGUGCUUUAACAAACUACUUGGCCCGGGAAGUGCAAACAUUAGUGGUGUUUUAACACCAGGCUUUUGUUAAAUUCCCCACUAAGUCUCAGGAAUCAGGGAGACGGGGUUUCAAUUGACUGAUGCAUUAUACUACCAGAUGUUGAGAGGGUAUUGAAAGUAAAAUACAGUGUACAUACAUACAUGUACCCCCCACCACCACCACCACCCCCGGGACUUUCCUAACAAAUUACUUAACUUUCAGAAACAUUGAAUUUUUCUUAUUGACUAGUGGAGGAGGAUGUUGCAUGAUUGUCACAGGCUAACAUGAAGCAGCUUUCCUUCUCAAAACAGUAAAACGCAUGCUCUAUUUAGGCUAUGUUUUUUACGUUACGUUCUGAUUUAUAAUCUAGAAGUAUCUUUUAAUUUUCACUUGACAUUUCUACAACUAAAUGUGGUUAAAAUGUUCACUGUGCAGUAAAAACUGUUUUUUACCUUACUCUCGGCUAUUUUCUUCGAACUCCCGAUAACUCGAACCUUUUUUUCCAUUUCCCUUGAAGGUUCGAGUUAUCGGAAGUCGACUGUACACUGAUCAUUUUUGUGGUUCAUUCCUUGACAUUUAUUAUAUGCUAUAUGGAUUCUGUGAGAUAUAAACUACUUUGGAGCGAAGCUACAAGUUUUUUCAUGCUUUUUAUCAAGAGAAAAACGAGUUUUUGUCGAGCGAAAUGCCGCACCACACUCACGUGAUUUUCUUAACUUGGAGACUCACCAAAACGCCUUAGAAACCUUUUUUGCUGAAUUUUCACGUAGCAAUCAAAAUACACUUACCUUUUCCGUUGGAAUAUAAGGUACUGGUAUCCUCGAUCAAAAGAAAAACCACAUUGCUGCUUCAUUCGCGGGAAAAAAAUAAGUUCAAAGUGUUCACAUGAAAAACAAUAACACCGCCACUUUCGAAAAAUCUGCUCGUCGCAAGCUUCACGUUGCUGUGACGUCACGAUGGCCAGACACAUCGGACAGCCGCGCUCACGAGUUUAUGACUCCCUCCUGACCAUAACGUAGCCGAUGUCCAUAAGGAUGUCCACUAUCAAGUUAAACACACAUUGUAUAUGCUUCGGACACCUCAUCAGUAGCUUAUAAUGCCUGAGCCCGGUUGCAUAAAACGUCCGUAACAACUACGGGCAUACGUACGUGCACUCGUAACGUAAGUGAGUUGCAUUAAAUCACCUUAGCGGUCCACUUAAGGAAUUCACUUAAGUGGUUGCACUUACGAUUUUCUUAAGUGUUCAAUUAAGUGUCUUUUAUGCAACAGAAAUUGCGGGAAAAAUAGCACGUAAAUUUACGGGACCUAUGUGGGUCCCGUAUCGCUACUGUUUUUAUUAAAGUUAACGAGAUCUUUUACUGAGAAGUAAAAAAAAAGUAAUUUUUCUUCACGUAGUUCGUUCUAAUCGCUUUGUUAACCUCUGAUGUACACUUUAAAGCCGACGUUGUGAAAAAAGAAGAAGAAUUAUCAUUUUCAGUAGGCAUUGAAGAAAAAUAACGAUUGCAUGCAAAUUUCAUUUUUUUGAGGGGCUUAAAAGUGUUCGAAACGACUUAAAACUUUCUUUACACUCACCGAUGGUUAGCUUAAAAAAAAAGAAAAGCCCGUAACCACGUAAAACAGUAACUUACGAGAGUGCUAAGUGCGUUCCAUGCAACACCCGCAAGUGUACCCAUGACGGAUUGGUAAGUGACCUACUUAAGUGGGCUCUUAAGUGUUGGUUUUAUGCAACCGGGCCCUAGUCAUUACAAGAAAACAGCCAAUCAGAGCACACGUACUAUUGUAGCCAUAUAAUAUAUGCUGUCAUACGGUCAGUUUACUUGUGCUUGGAAAGUUUUACCUACACCGUAAUUUUUAGGGAGUUAUUAUAACUCCAAAAAUGGAGUAAAAAUUUUAGGUACAGGAUAACCCCUUUUUUGGGGUUAUUUUAACUCCUAAUUUAACUCCGAAUUUGGGGUCAUUUUUACUCCUGAAAAAGAGUUCUUUUUACUACCAGUCUUGGAGUUAAAAUUACUCCGAAAUGGGGUUACUUGUACUCCUUACAGGGGUUGUUUUUACUCUUUUUGGAGUUAAUUUAACUCUGAAAGUGGAGUAAAAAUUUUAGGUACAGGAUAACUCCUUUUUUGGGGUUAUUUUAACUCCUCAAUAUCUGGGGUCACUUUUACUCCUGAAAAAGAGUUCUUUAAACUCCUUUUUGGAGUUAAAAUAACUCCACGAAAAAUAACUCCACUGUCAGGAGUUAAAUUAGCCCCACUAGAGGAGUUAUUAUAACUCCCUGAAAAUUACAGUGUAUAGCGCAAUAAUCAGGUAUGGAGACCACAACUGUCAGUGUUGAUCUUUUCCAUAGGAAUGCUUGCGGACUAACCUGUAAAUUGGCCACUGCUGAAGAUUUUCGCAUUUCAACAAUAAGCUAAGACUGUGAUCGUAUUUGAUCAUGAUUUAUGUGUACUUGUAAUUUUGCCGUAAACAGCAGACUUUUAUAAAUAUAUGACAGAAUAGUUUUUUCAUUAUAAAUUGGUAGAUUUCUUUGUGGUGGCUUAAAGUUGAUUGUUUUAAUAAAUUGAAAGUAUAUAACACGGAAGCUUCGCUUUUAGGCUUGGCUAAAUCUGCUAUAUAUUACUUAAUGCAACGUACUAACACGCAAGUAUUUUGAAUUUUUUUCAAUUUUCUCUUUUUUUCGUUUCUUGCUGGAUAUCUAGUUAAACAAGCAUCGAGCCUCUGAUAGAGCAUAUGACGACAAAGAGUUUCUGAAAGAUCAGGGAGAAACCAGGGAUCAAGUAGGAUUGGUUCUAAAUUCUUUUCGAUAGUUUCUGCGUAUUACUUUUAACUAUUUUCCAGACUGUUCGUCCAGUUGUUUUGUUUACCUACCCACUCAUCUAAUGAUAGAACUAGACAGAAAAAAAAAAAGAUUCUCUUUAUGCUUCAUGUUCCUUUAGAUAGUAUUAUUGAGUCGGUUAUUGCUGUUGGUGGAGUCUUGCUUUGGGUGAGCUCUGUCUGCUGGGAUACCCAAUAAUGACAAUUCCAGUUUGAGAUAAAUUUGGCCACAAGAGUGGCCGUUUAUUUCAUUUAAGCAUAUCAAGCUAGGAAAGUCCAGACACACAAGAAGAUUUAUCCCAGCAAAGGUGAGGGCACACCCGCCAUCCGGAUGAUGAUAUUGGAGCAAAACGGGAGGGAAGGGAGGGAAAAAUGUUUUCCAACUUUCUUGUUGCAGUGAGCAGAGAGGCCUUGUGCCUCGCUUUCAUGUCAUAAAAACACAAUAUAUAAUGUCCCGGAUGGCAGGAACGCCCCCUCCCCAAUAACGGGAGAAAUGAAACAUUAAUCAGUCACUUUAAGCAUAAAACCAUUUAUUUCUUUCAGAAAUAAAUUUCCUUUUUCCCCCUUCUUCUCACACAGGAAAGCACUCUAGCUAAGGUUCAGACAAAGGAAGCGGAGAAACCACAAUCGAACAUGGAAAUGACUCAAGAACCACAAGAUGACAAUGAGGACACACAUGACAAAGCAUCGACUUCUCGUCAUCUUCAUGAUGUAAGAAAGUAACCAAUAAUUUUUAAAAUUCAGUUAAUUCGUUUCUACUCGGUAUAAAAGAAUAGAUUAGUACAUAACGUUUUUAUGAACUCGAAUGAAUGUGCCUGCUUGUCGCUUAUGAAAGAAUUUCCCGCGCACUAUGUAAACUUGACCGAGGCCCGGUCCACACAAAUCCGGAUAUUUUUGAAAACCCAGUUUUUUUCACGCGAAUUAUAGUCAUCCGUCUUCGGGCCUUGCUUUUCCGAUCAGUUUUUUAUAACUGUUUGAAGCGUCUUCAAAAAUGUCCCACGUAGCCUCACCGUGAGAGAGCGUUUGUGCCUCCCUACGAUACUGUGCUUACAUUUCUCCUGCAGCGUUAGAAUAUUGGAAUCAUUUUACCAAAGCGCAGGUGGUCUUAUCACCCGCAUACGAUGUAUGGGUACAUGUCCCUCUAAAGAGUCCGAAAUAAGAUUAAACCUUGUGUCUCGGGGGGAAAUGGUUGCCACGUUAAAUUCAUAAUACAAUUUUAGCUAUUCUCAUAUGACUAAGCCUCGCUUUGAUAUAGUGAACUUAGGUCUCCGCAACUCAUUUUUUAAGUAAUAGCGUCUAUUCCUUACAUUUUUAUUAGUAAUAGUUCCUUGCUAAGUAACCUGACAAUAAACUGCAGUGUUUUGCAGAUGGUUGGUUUGAUCAAGAUGCUAUACAAAUUGCACUGUUUAAUUCAAUCGCUGCAUGUUUACCACUUUAUUUAGGAAGAGAAAUUCAAAGUAACUGACAGGGAACUGCUAAGUAGUCCACAAGCAUCAACAGGAACUGAAAGUCAAGAUGCCGCAAUGUCGCUUUCAAUCCAAAACCCAGACGAAGGUCUUACUGAAGACGAUAACUUUUCUACCCAACAACUGUUCUCGUUUGCUUGGCAAAUAGCUAAAGGAAUGGUAAUUACUAUUCUACACUGGAUAACGUUACGUUGAUUCUGGUUUCGACUAAUACUUGGGACAUGGUAGGAAAUGCAUAGACUAGGAACAUUAAGCCAAUCCACCUGCCUAGCCGAGCUCUCAGUUCUUAAGUCCCAUUAAGAGGAGAAAAAAGAAACCAAAAGAGAUCAGUGGAAAAAAGAUAAAGAUGAAGCUCAGUUUUCUCCAAAUAAAGGGCUGCCUGAAUGAAAAGAUUUUCUCGUAACGGUAAUAGAUCAUAGUUUUGGCUAAAUUCGGAUUUCGUUACGCGUUCGAGCGAACUGGAAUGGUUUAUUCAAUACAUUUAUGACAUACAAUCAUUCACUCCACAUAGAGCGUUUUCACUCACGUGGCCAGCAUCUAUGCAAAUUUAUGAGAACAAAAGAAUUUUUUUACAUAAGAAAAGGGUUCAACUCCCACAGGAUUGGUUUGGAACACCAACAUGGCCACCGUGACGUCAUGUGAAAACGUCAACCUCAGCUAUAUACUGAAUACCACUGGUACCCCGUUAUUGUAAUACGUCGACAAUUAAUUCCAUUUCUUUUAUCGCCUUUUUGUUAGAAUCAUCUCGCCGAAAACAAUCUUGUUCACAGAGAUCUUGCUGCCCGUAAUGUACUGGUCGGCCAUGGCAACCAGGUCAAAGUGUCAGACUUUGGGUUGAUGAGACAGAUAUAUGAAGAUGUGUACAGCUCAAGGAAGUCUAAAAAACUUCCUGUGAAGUGGAUGGCCCCAGAAGCACUUUAUCAAGGCGUUUACACCACCAAAAGUGAUGUGUGAGUUCACUGUUCCAAGUCCUUGUAAGAACUCGUUCGUAACUAAAACACUGACUUUUCCCUGCAGUAAACUAUCUCUUGUAAAAGCCAAAGCUGCCAAAAAUACCAAAGGUGGCUGUAUUUAGUACAUGCACUUAGACAAAAACUAGUCACUGAAUUUAUUAUUCUAAGCGCGCAGUUUGCUAGGUGAAAGCGAACUGAUUUAGCUUUUGAAGGAAAACUGGUUAACUUUAAGAUUUUUUGGGAGGAAAAUGACUUUCAACCUGAAUUCGGGAAACCGCUUCUCACGAGACUGCCUCUAAAUGAUUGGAGCACCUCAAGAAAAGUGUUUACAAAGCAAAGGACAUUGCUUUCUGGUGGAACUAUCUACGCUACAGCGUUCUGUGCGGCGGUACAGAAUCAAUUCCGUGAUUUGCAUUUAACGCAUUAAGAACAUUUUCAACAUGAUAUUUUCGAUGACAAAUAGUUUUUUUUCCUUAUUAUAUACCUAUUUUCAUAAAAAUUCACAAACUCGUUCGCAACUCUAUUUCCAUAAACAGUGCCACAAUUUUUACAAAGAAUGUGUCUAUCAUCAGUCAGAUCCGGAUUUUCACAACAAUCAUAUAACACACUAGUUUUAUCACAAAAUGGGCAAAUACAAUAUUCCUUCUUUAGUCCUUUACGAAUUGCUAAAUUACAGCUCAUUCUAUAUACAUUUAUGUACUGCGAGAAUGGUUAAUUGAGUUAGAAAAACGUGGGGCUUUCUCAAUUAACCGUACUCAACGCACCCUGUUAAUAACCUAAAAACCCCACGGGGUUAUGUUAGCUUGUAACUAUAAGUUAAAAAAAAAACUCAAAAAGGUGUCAGAAUACUGAGUAGAGCUAUAAUUACACUGAGGACAACUCGAAAGAGGAUGGCUAAUAGCCAGUGAGAGGUGUAAUAGAAGUGCUGCUUUAGUCCCAAGCAUAGAGGAAUAACAAAUAAAAAAGUGUAGAGACUCCAAAGAUGGCUAGCCUAGGAGAACGGAGAGGUGGGGAGAACAAAAAAGAGGGACCGGGGAAAAUGGGUUUAGGGUUGGGAGAUUUGGGGGGUCCCUCUUGAGAAGGUCUGGUGGCCACCAGUUUUGUUAAUUUUUAUUUUGGUUAUUAUAAAAUAUAGUGCAACGCCAAGGCCGCGAUGAAUGGUAAAAAAGAGGCGCAAUUAAAUAAUUAGUAGUAUUGUAGAUGGGGAAAUUAACGGUAGCCCAUGAAUGGUAAAAAAGAGGCGCAAUCAAAUAAUUAGUAGUAUAGUAGAUGGGGAAAUUAACGAUGUGAAACGGAGUUAAUUGCUAAUCGGAUACAUUGGGUGAAACGAAGUGAACGAAAUGGUCCGGUUACCCCAUCUUUUAUACUACUGACGGGGAUGGAGCUUGGAUACACGCGUCUCUUCACCGUGUUUGUCUAGCCGAAUGCAGUUAGCCAGUUCCUGCCUUGGUACAACAAUGCAAAUCGAGCACAAAGUGAGCGCGAAGCUAAUUUAAAAGCACGAGGGGUUGACCCUCGCAUUAGCUCGCACGUUCAUGAAAUAUAAAUAACAUAGAAACGCAUAAAGUGGGUUGUAAAUAGCUUAAUUAUAAUCCAGUCUGACUGCUUUAUCAUUACUGUCUUCGUAGAUGGGCUUAUGGUGUUCUUCUUUGGGAAAUGUCCACCUUGGGUAAGUGUUGGGGUGUGAACUAAUCUAAUCUAACAACCUUUUACCGCUUUUAACAACCCCCUAUCCCUAUAAUUAUGAUGGGGUGUGGCUUGGCUUGUUCGGUUGUAUGUUUCUUUUGUUAUGAUUAAUAAGUGUUCUUUCUCCAGGACACUGACAGCACUUCUGUUCAUCACCUGCAACUCUGGCUUUUUGGUAUGAUCUAGGCCCGGGUCAAGAAAGUGCUACAACUUAAGACAGAUACAAGACAAAAAUGAUAUCCGACAUCAUCUUGAAAAUGCGCGCGUGGUAACCUAGAAAACAGAAGCCUUAUAAUUACGCAUCCUGCCUUCAGAUCUUCUAAUGAUACAUUUUAGUUCAAAGGCUACUGAGUCCCACUUUUAUCACUUUUAUCACUUUUUUCACUUAUUUCCCUAGUCUAGACUAAAAUCUUCAACCAAGUGAUAUUAGUUUCCUAGUUUCCAGGAAAAUGAUACCCUUUUCUAAAGAAAAAUACCCUAUCCCAGACUAAAGUGCACGGGAACCUUACCCUUUAUCUAGCAGCAUAUAACAAUAUAGCCCAUAUCUGGCAGUAUCCUCUUGGAUCGAACCAACAUUGACUAAGUUUUGCAAAAUACAUCACAGUGGGCAUGAGGGGAGUUAUACCACAACGGCAGAGGUUCUUUUGACUAUAGUUAAAAAUCGACGAUGACAUCUCCAAUAAGAAGUUGUAUAGAGAAAGUUUUAAAAAUGUAUGAUUUCUCAAUUUAGGAUUAUUUUUCCUUCCUAUCACCAGGAGGCGUGCCAUACCCCACACUGACCAACACAGAGUUGUUUCGACUGCUCGGCACUGGAUAUCGCAUGGAAAGGCCUGACAUGUGUUCUGAUGAAGUGUACGUUUCUUUACAAUUGUCGUCUUAAAAUUUGGAAAUAGAUUUGAUUUCCCCUUAAAACCUUCACUAAUUGACGUCGUUCUCUAUAAUAGAUACGAGCUGAUGACCCACUGUUGGAAAGAGGAACCUUGCUCUCGUCCCAGUUUCUUCCAGAUUAUCGAAAAACUGGAGGCGAUAAUGCAGAGGGAUGCACCAUAUUUGGACGUAAACAAACAUAAUGAAGCUCAUCCGUAUUACAACGUGCCACCUGAAGCUAGUGACGAUGAAGACGUAAAUACGGAAAAGGCAGACACCCAAGAAUCGGAAAAUUUUAAAAGGAACAAAGAUAAAUAGUUGAAUGCAUGAUAAUCGAGAAACUAAGCUAAGAAAAGAUUGAAAUGGGUAAAAGUACAGUUGUACAUAAAAAGAACUUUAAAAGCAUAACAAAUU